UAUUGAUCUCCGUGAUCCGGUCGGGACUUUAUUUUAUUCACAUUUACAGGCUCUCAAUAUUGUAGAUGUAACUAAACAGUCAGUUAUUAAUUUGAGCCGUUUAUACGCUUGAACCGUGAGAUCCGAGUAUGAAGAAUAAACACUGAAGUAAAGACACUCAGGAGCCUGUUUAUAAUGGGCUUCAGGAAAUGAUUAAUAUUUAAAACACCAUGCCUCCAGUGACCUCUCAGGAACUCCCUCUCAACAUCUAUGUGGUCAUCUUUGGCACUGGGAUCUUUGUCUUUGUUUUAAGCCUGAUAUUCUGCUGCUUCUUUAUAAGUAAAUUGAGACAUCAGGCUCGCAACGUGAGAGCUGGAUACAAGAUGGUUGUAUUUAACGAUGAAACAACACGGUUACAUGCACACGGGUUAACAUGUGCAGUCUGUUUGGAGGACUUCAGGACAAAAGAUGAGCUCGGAGUGUUACCAUGCCAACACGCCUUUCACAAGAGGUGUCUGGUGAAAUGGCUGGAAGUGAGAUGUUCAUGUCCCAUAUGCAACAACCCCGUCAGUGAUGCUCUGGGACAAACGCACAGCCCAGGAAACCUGCUGGAUGAACUGCUCUAGAUACUUACAAUUGAGUUCUCUGAAUCGGGCAACAUUUCUACCUAAUAGUCUUGUACAAUUCAAACAAAAGGCCUUUAUUUAAAAGCACUGCUGUUGUACAACAUCACUUGUAAUGUUCUGGUAUGUCUGGUUUAAAAUGUGUGCAGAAUGUUUACGUACAGUAUUGUGGGUUUCUUUUUUUGGUGUCCUGUGUUAAUAUGUAAGAUCAUUUGCAAGUAUUCACUUAAAGGGGUCAUCGGAUGCUACAUGCACUUUUACAAGUUGUUU